UUAUUACUGAAGACUGAAGACUGUAAAGCAAUUUUGGAUCUUUGGUUGUGAAGACUUGUUGGAGGGCGGACGACUUCAAAGGUUGCGGUACCUUCUCGCGUGAACGCAAGGUAUCCAAGGUUGAUGAGCUAUACUAGCAUCCAGUUACCAUUUCCUGGAGUGGAAAAUGCUCUCAACCACUUGAUGCCUAUCGAUUCUACUGUUAACACCGUCGAAACUAGUGACCAGUCAAAGGAAUCUUCGUUUAUACAACUAACAGAUAGUGAUGGCAACGAAGUUGGGACGCCAAUAUGGAUUCCCUUAGAUGUUGACAGAAGCAAACUCACAGAUUUAUUAAGUAAUCUUCUUCAAAGAGAAGAUGCACAUUCUUUGACGUAUGACUUUUUUGUGGGCGAUGUUCAAAUCUUGGAUGAUUUAAAAACAGCUUUAAUUCAAGCACGAUCCAAAGGCACUGAUCCUUCGUUACCGAAAUUUGGAUCAACUGGUCUUGAAGCUGUAGUCAAAGUCACAUAUCAAGCUCAAGCUGUUUUUCGAGUUCGCCCAGUUACUCGUUGUUCAAGUAGUAUACCAGGUCAUAAGGGUGCAGUUCUGGUUGCGCAAUUUUCACCAGACGGAAGAAGUUUAGCUAGUGGCUCUGGAGAUCAAACAGUUCGUUUCUGGGAUCUCAACACCGAAUUACCUCUUAGUACAGGAUCGGAAGUGCACAAAGCUCCUGUUCUCUGUUUGGCUUGGUCUCCAGAUGCAGUAAGGUUGGCAUCUGGUUGUCAAGGUGGUAUGAUUUGCUUGUGGCAACAAACAGAAGCCGGCAAUGAUUGGAGUUUAUGCUCAACCAAUCCUUUGAUUAAACCUCAAUUAGCAGCCACUCCAGCUCGUUCUAAAGGACGGUGGAUACGAUCUUUAUCGUGGAGACCAUUGCAUCUAGAUGGAGAAUGCAGACAACUUGCAGUUGCUUAUCAAGAUUGUUCAAUAGUUAUUUGGGAUACGUAUACUGGCCAACCGAUUCAUACAAUUACUGGUCAUGAUAAACCAGUUGUGGCUGUACGUUGGGGUGGAACAGAUUUAAUUUAUUCUGCUAGUCAAGACCGUACGAUUCGUGUAUGGAGAUCUAAAGAUGGUGUGUUAUGUCGUACACUAAAUUUGCAUGGACAUUGGGUAAAUUGUUUGGCCUUAAGUACUGAUUAUGUAUUACGUACUGGUGCAUUUGAUCCUGCCUGUGCUCAGUUGGUCAAAACAGUUCCUAUAUUAUCAAAAGAUCCAGAGGCUAAGCUGAAGUUGGCUGAAACAGCAAAGUCACUGUAUGAAAAAGUUAAGGGUUCUAAUACGGAGAGAUUGGUUGCAGGAUCCGAUGACAAUACACUUUCUUUAUGGCAACCAGAAAUUGAUAAAAAACCUCUUGCUCCCCGUAUGACUGGUCAUCAAGGAGUUGUGAACGAUGUGAAGUUUUCUCCGAAUGGUCGUCUUCUUGCUAGUGCCAGUUUUGAUCAUUCCGUCAAAAUUUGGGAUGGUUUUACAGGACAAUUUUUAGCUACUAUGUUUGGUCAUGUUCAAGAUGUGUAUCUAGUCUCUUGGUCAAGUGAUAGUCGUCUAGUUGUAUCUUGUUCUAAAGACUCAACGGUGAAAGUAUGGUCUGUUAAUGAAGUUCGUCGCUGGAAUCAAGAAUCUCUUACAGUAUCUAAAGAAGAAAAGAAAAAACAAAUAUUUGCUAGUGAUGUAGCCGGUAAAAAGCGAUCCAGUUCAUCAUCGUCAUUAGUACAUCAACGUAAACGUCAUUUGUUACAUGAUUUACCUGGGCAUUCAGAUGCAGUUUAUGCAUUAGACUGGAGUCCUGAUGGACAAUAUGUAGUUUCAGGCGGUAAAGAUCGAAUAUUGAAAUUGUGAGUUUUAAGUAUCAGUACUUUUUUCAAACAAGAUAGUUUUUGCCAUUAAAAACAGUAAGCAGACAUAUUUUUUAUUUACAUACAAAAAUAAUAAAAGUGGUUGUAUUUCCCUUAUGGAAAUCGGUAUCUAUCUUUGUCUCCUAAUGUUUGAAAGUUUUAAUUUCAGCUGUAUCAUGUACUUCAUCAGUUAAGUUAACUACCCUAUGUUUCAUAUGAUCUCAUUCUUAGUGAUGUACUUGCUUACGCCUGGUACCCCUCAAAGCAGAGCAUAGACCACCCACCAGCAUUCUCCAUCAAACUCUGUCAUGGGCAAUCUUUUACAGUUGCUAUUAAUCCUUUUCAUGUCUGCUUCCGAUUCCCGACGCAGCGUGUUCUUCGACCUUCCUCUUUUCAGUUUCCCUCCAGGAUUCCAAGUUAGCGCUUCGUGAUGCAGUUUGGUGAUUUCUGUAAUGUAUGUCCUAUUCACUUCCAACGUCUUUUCCUAAUUUCCUCUUCAGCUGAAAGCUGCUUUGUUCUCUCCCACAGUAGGUUGUUGCUGAUGGUAUCCGGCCAACGGACAUUCAGUAUCUUGUGUAAAAAAUGUUUAUAAAUACUUGAACAUUUUUGAUAAUGGUUGUAGUAGUUCUGCAAGUUUCGAUUCCGUAAAGUAAUACUGUCUUGACGUUCGUAAUGAAGAUUGUUACUUUGAUAUUGGUUGACAGUUGUUUUUAGUCCCAUAUGUUUUUCAAGUGUAGGAAUGCUGUCCUUGCUUUGCCAAUCCUCGCAUUUACUUCUGCAUCAGAUCCUCCUUGCUCAUUGAUGAUGCUUCCCAGGUACAAGGAAGUUUCCACUUCUUCCAGAGUUUCCCCAUCAAGUGUGAUUGGGUUGGUGUUCGCUGCAUAGUAUUUAAUGAUCUUGCUUUUUUCGUUGUGUUUGUGGAGACCUACUGAUGCAGAAGCUGUAAUAAGAAUGUUUGAGAUAACAAUUUUCACAAUUGUAUGCUAUAUGUUGUUUACUGAUAUUUGUACAAUCUAGUGAAACCUAAGUUACUGAGAUGGGAAAUAGAUUAUAUUGAAUUAUCUGUUCAUAUUGAUGAGUCUAGUUUAUUUAUUUGUUAUCGUGUUAAACCAUCCACGAAAUCGUACUAACCUGUUAAAAAGCGAUAUACUUUAAAAGCAUAUUGUUUCUACUAAGGUUGUGAUAAUCGUCUUCAUUCGAUUCUAAAUAAAUGCACCCAAAGAGUCACUCUGACCGUUAAUUCUUACACCUGAUUAGAUUUUUCAAAAUAUUUCGUUCAGUCACAUUGAAAUAGUAAUAAGCGGUAUUUUUCAUAAACCCAAUUUUAUGUAAACGUUAAUUCCUCUCGUUUCCAAAUAAUUAUUAUCAAUGGCCACCGUUUGUAUAAAACUAAAGUAUUUCACUACUGAGAUCAGUUAGUGGUUAUGCUUUUUAAAAGAUUCGUUUUAAUUGCAGUAAACAUUUACUAUAAUUUUAUGGUCUACAUCACUAACUGAAGACCGGAAAGCAUUGAACAGCUGUUUCGUCCUAGUACGAGACUCCUCAGUACUGCGUGUUCAUUGUCACACUAAAGGUCAAGUCCAGGGCCUACGGAUCUGACAACAAGCGCUUAACUUUAAGACCACUGGUCUUAGAUUCACUGACACAUCUCAUGGAUGCGCACUACUGACAAGUAUCAUAAUAAGAUGAAAAAGUUGUUGAAUGGUUAAUGGCUUUUCAAUAGUUGUUUUUAACUAUUGUUGGUCUGUGAUGUAAACUAUCAAAUCAAAUUAAUCUCCAUACGGUUGAUUAACUUAAUUAACGGGGAAUAUUUUCUGUUCUUGUUUUUGUUUCCCCCUACCUUCAACAAUUUACCUUUUUUGAAUUUCUGUUUCAGAUGGCGAGCGUAAAAGUAUCAGAAAAUUAAAAGAUUAAUAUCCGAACAUUACUUUAUAUUCUUUACAGCCAUCACUGAAAUUUUGAUUUUUGACACCAUGUUGAUGGUAAUUUUUUAAAAUAUUUUUUUCUUACCUGUAUAUAUAAACAUGUAUAUGAAAAGAAUUAGUAAUUAAAAUAUAUUACAGUGGAUAGCA